CGCUCCUCCCUCUGACUCUCCGCCCUUGGAGGCGUUUCAAUCCUCGGAGUGAGUAAUGUUCAAAUAUCGGCUCCAUCUAAAUAGCUAUCCUCGUUUUGCCUAGCAGAACCAACCCCAGUUUGAUUUGUCACGCCUAAGGCGAACCCAGAGGUCAUCAUGGGCGACGACAGCGAGUGGAUGAAAUUGCCCAUCGACCAGAAGUGUGAACACAAGGUCUGGAAAGCCAGACUAAAUGGCUAUGAAGAAGCCUUGAAGCUCUUCCAAAGGAUAGAGGAUGAGAAAAGCCCAGAAUGGGGCAAAUACCUUGGUCUGCUUAAGAAAUUUGUGACUGAAUCUAAUGCUGUGGCCCAACUCAAGGGCCUUGAGGCGGCACUGGUUUAUGUUGAAAGUGCUCAUGUUGCCGGCAAGACGUCAGGAGAAGUGGUGUCAGGAGUGGUCAAUAAAGUAUUCAACCAACCCAAAGCUCGGGCCAAAGAACUGGGCUCAGACAUCUGCCUCAUGUACAUAGAAAUUGAGAAAGCAGAAGUGGUUCAGGAAGAGCUCAUCAAAGGCCUUGAUAACAAAAACCCCAAGAUCGUGGUUACUUGUAUUGAAACCUUAAGGAAGGCUCUUAGUGAAUUUGGCUCCAAGAUUAUUACUCUGAAGCCAGUGGUGAAGAUUUUGCCUAAACAGUUUGAGUCGAGAGAGAAGGCUGUUCGAGACGAGGCAAAACAACUAGCCAUAGAGAUCUACAAAUGGAUCCGGGAUGCCCUUCGACCUCCUCUCCAAGGCAUUAACUCUGUACAGUUGAAGGAACUGGAGGAGGAGUGGGUGAAGCUGCCAACGACACCCCCAAAACAGAGCCGCUUCCUCCGCUCACAGCAGGCCCUCAAGGCCAAGUUUGAACAGCAGCAGGCAGCGGGGGGAGAUGAGGUAGACGGAGACAAUGAUGAUGAGCCAGCACCUCAGGUGGAUCCUUAUGAACUACUGGAACCAGUGGAGAUCCUAUCCAAACUGCCAAAAGAUUUCUAUGACAAAAUUGAGGCCAAAAAAUGGCAGGAGAGGAAAGAGGCCCUGGAGGCUGUUGAGACUUUGGCUAAAAACCCCAAACUGGAGAAUGGUGACUAUGGGGACUUAGUCAGAGCACUGAGAAAGGUUGUUGGGAAAGAUGCUAAUGUUAUGUUGGUAACUCUGGCAGCCAAAUGUUUGGCCGGACUGGCUGCUGGGCUCCGGAAGAAGUUUGGAACAUAUGCAGGACAUGUGGUGCCAACAAUUUUAGAAAAGUUUAAAGAGAAGAAACCUCAAGUGGUCCAGGCUUUGCAAGAGGCUAUUGAUGCGGUCUUCCUCACUACCACUCUCCAGAAUAUCAGUGAAGAUGUGUUGGCCGUGAUGGACAACAAGAACCCGUCCAUUAAACAGCAGGCAUCUCUGUUUUUGGCCAGAAGCUUCCGCCACUGCACCCAAGCCACGUUGCCAAAGAGCAUGCUCAAAGCUUUCUGCCCUGCAUUUCUCAAGCAAGUGAACGACUCUGCCCCGGAGGUGCGAGACGCUGCGUAUGAGGCGUUGGGUACAGCCAUGAAGGUGGUGGGGGAGAAGGCUGUCAACCCAUUCCUUGCUGAUUUGGAUAAACUCAAGCUUGACAAGAUUAAAGAGAGCGCUGAUAAAGUGGAGCUGCCGGGAAAGAAAGGGGGAGGAGGCAGUGGAGGUGCCGAGAAGAAGGAGAAGCCUGUAGCUAAGGCACCUCCACCCACAGAGGCUCCAGCUAAAUCCUCUGGACCUCCUAAGAAGGCCCUGGCUGCUAAGUCUGGUGGACCUCCUAAGAAAGGCAAACCAGCUUCUGCUACGAGUGCAAAAGGAAAGAAAGGUCCUGAAAUUAAGGAAUUCAUAGAAACCGAGCUAUCAAUUGAGGUGUGUGAAGAGAAGUCGGCCACAGUGCUUCCUGCUUCCUGCAUGCAGCUGCUGGACUCCGCUAACUGGAAGGACAGACUGUCCAGCAUGGAGGAGUUUCAGAAGGCUGUAGAGCAGAUGGACAAAAGUGAGAUGCCUUGCCAGGCCCUGGUCAGGAUGCUGGCCAAGAAACCAGGCUGGAAAGAGACCAACUUCCAGGUGAUGCAAAUGAAGCUCCACAUUGUGGGCCUGAUUGCGCAGAAGGGCUCCUUCUCCAAGACCUCUGCCCUAGUGGUGCUGGACGGCCUGGUGGAUAAAGUAGGAGAUGUGAAAUGUGGGGCCAAGGCCAAGGAGGGCCUCACUGCCACCGCUGAGGCCUGCUCCCUGCCCUGGACUGCUGAACAGGUGGUCUCAAUGGUCUUUGCACAGAAGAAUCCCAAAAAUCAAGCAGAGACCCUGAACUGGUUGGCCAAUGCCAUGAAGGAAUUUGGAUUUGCUGGUAUCAACGUGAAGGCCUUCAUCAACAACGUGAAGACGGCCUUGGGGGCCACCAACCCUGCCGUGCGGACAGCGGCCAUCACUCUGUUGGGGGUCAUGUACCUGUACAUGGGAGCGCCGCUACGAAUGUUCUUCGAGGAUGAGAAGCCUGCCCUGCUGAAACAGAUUGACGAUGAGUUUGAAAAGAUGCAAGGCCAGUCGCCUCCUGCCGCAUUCAGAGGAGUUAAGAAAGGAGGUGCAGAGGAGGACGGUGAGGAGGCAGAAGAGCAGGAGGAGGAUGGAGGGGGUGACAUCAUGGAUCUGCUACCUAGAACUGACAUCAGUGACAGGAUCAGUCAGGACAUGGUGGAUAAGAUGGGAGAUAAGAACUGGAAGACCCGUAGGGAAGGUCUGGAGGAGGUUGCGGCAGUCAUCUCUGAGGCCAAGUUUAUCCAGGCCAGUAUAGGAGAGCUCCCCAUGGCUCUGAAGGGCCGUCUUACGGACUCCAACAAGAUCCUGGUCCUGCAGACCCUGACCAUUCUUCAGCAGAUAGCCAUUGCAAUGGGCCCCGCUCUGAAACAACACAUCAAGAGCCUGGGCAUGCCGAUCAUCACUGUCCUGGGAGACAGCAAGACCAAUGUGCGUGCUGCCGCCAUGACGACCCUGCAGGCCUGGGUGGAGCAGACUGGAAUGAAGGACUGGCUGGAGGGGGAGGACCUAUCGGAGGAGCUCAAGAGGGAGAAUCCCUUCCUUAGACAGGAGGUUCUGGGCUGGCUGGCAGAGAAGCUCCCCACCAUGCGCACGGUGCCCUCUGACCUGAGCCUGUGUCUGCCCUACCUGUACGCCUGUCUGGAGGACCGCAACGGAGACGUCCGGAAGAAGGCCCAGGACGCCCUCCCCACCUUCAUGAUGCACCUGGGCUAUGAGAAGAUGCUGAAGGCCACUGCCAAACUCAAGCCGGCCUCCAAGGAGCCCGUCUCUGCCCUGCUGGAGAAGGCCCGGGCAGUGAUGCCAGCCAAGCCCGCUCCACCUCCUGGCAAAGCCGGCGGGGCCAAGUCUGUCAGCGGUGGAGCCUCCGCCGCCAAGUCAGCUCCUUCUAAAGCUAAACCCAAACCUGUGAUUGAUGACUACGAAGACGACGAGCCGGAACCUGAGGCCAAGACUAAAAAAGUGGUCAAGCCUGGAGCCCCUAAAAAGGGUGUGCUUGGGAAGAAGGCGCCGGCCCCCAAAGCAAAUGCCAAGGAUGAGGAGGACCGGUCCGGGGUCAUCUUCAUCCUCGUGCCCAACGGCAAAGAGCAGAGGAUUAAGGAGGAGAAAGGGCUCAAGGUUUUGAAAUGGAACUUCCAGACGCCGCGAGACGAAUAUGUUGACCAGCUAAAGACUCAGAUGUCCACCUGCUUUGCCAAAUGGCUCCAGGACGAGCUGUUCCACGCUACAGAUUUCCAGCGCCAGGUCAAGGCUAUCGGGAUCAUGGGAGAUCGCCUGGAGGAUGAGCUGGAGGGGACAAUCAGCUGCUUGGACCUGAUCCUGAAGUGGUUCACGCUGCGUUUCUUUGAAACCAACAGCACUGUGUUGAUGAAGGUGCUGGAGUAUCUCAAGCUGCUUUUCCCCAUGCUGAGCAGAGAGAACUACCACCUCAACGAGUAUGAGGCUUCUUCCUUCAUUCCCUACCUCAUCCUUAAAGUUGGGGAAUCCAAGGAUGUGGUGCGGAAAGAUGUGCGUGCCAUCCUGACCAUGCUGUGUAAAGUCUACCCCGCCAGCAAAGUCUUCGUUUUCCUCAUGGAUGGAACCAAGUCCAAGAACUCCAAGCAGAGAGCCGAAUGCCUUGAGGAGCUAGGCUGUCUGAUAGAGAACUACGGAAUGAAUGUGUGUCAGCCGACGCCGGCCAAGUCCCUGAAGGAGAUAGCUGUACACAUUGGAGACCGGGACAAUUCAGUACGCAACGCUGCCCUGAACACAGUGGUGGCUGUGUACAAUGUCUGUGGGGACCAGGUCUACAAACUCAUUGGCAAUCUGUCCGAGAAGGAAAUGAGUAUGUUAGAGGAGAGGGUGAAGCGUUCUGCCAAGAAGACCCCGGCAGCAGCCCCUGCUCCCAUCAGACAGGCUGCAGAGCGGGAGAGGUCCCAGAGAGAACACCCGUCUAACCCCAACGCCACCUUCAUGAGGAAGCCUUCCCAGCAGCCUCAGGAGGAAGUGCCCAACAAGCUCAAAAUAAUGUAUCGCACUUAUAGGAUACAAGCGCGGACUCAGAACACGGAACGGGAGCACUCGCACCCCUCCAUCCCCAAGGAGUUUCAGCUGGACCUGGACAUGAUCGAGAACGACCACACGCGGGUCAGCGAGCUGCCAGACUUGGUGCAGCACCGCCUGGAUGAACUGCUGGAGCCCAUCAUGAUGCCAGAACCCAAGAUCCGCUCUGUUUCGCCCCACUUCGAUGACCUCCACAACAGCACGGCGUCCACCAUCAAUUUCGUAAUUUCCCAGGUGGCCAGUGGGGACAUGAACACCAGCAUCCAGGCCCUGGCACAGAUUGAUGAGGUGUUGAGGCAGGAGGACAAAGCUGAGGCCAUGUCCGGUCACAUCGACCAGUUCCUCAUCGCCACCUUCAUGCAGCUGCGCCUCAUCUACAACACGCACAUGGCCGACGACCGCCUCGACAAGAAGGACAUCUUCAAGCUCUACAGCUGCAUCAUUGGCAACAUGCUCUCACUGUUCAACAUGGAGAGCCUGGCCCGGGAGGCUUCUAUGGGUGUCCUGAAGGACCUGAUGCAUGGUCUGAUCACCCUGAUGUUGGACGCCCGGGUGGAGGACAUCGAGGACGGACAGCAGCUCAUCCGCUCUGUCAAUCUGCUGGUGGUUAAAGUGCUGGAGAAGUCUGACCAGACCAACAUCCUCAGUGCUCUGCUGGUGUUGCUACAGGACAGCCUGACCACCUCAUCAGGGUCUCCCAUGUUCUCUGAACUGGUCAUGAAGUGCCUGUGGCGUAUGAUCCGGUUUCUGCCCGAGACCAUCAACAGCAUCAACCUGGACCGCAUUCUGCUGGACGUCCACAACUUCAUGAAGGUGUUCCCCAAGGAGAAGCUGAAGCAGCUGAAGAGUGACGUGCCUCACCGGACCAUGAAGACCCUGCUGCACACGCUGUGUAAACUCACAGGGUCCAAGAUCCUGGACCACUUAUCUAUGAUCGAGAACAGGAAUGAUUCGGAGCUGGAGGCCCACCUGAGACGAAUAUUCAAACAUUCAAACUUCCCCGGCAUCAAGUCUGACAGGGGCACAGAGAAAGGCCAGGAUGACCGGAUGUCUAAAGCUAAAGUGAGCGACAUCCUCUCUGAGAUCUUCAAGAAGAUUGGCUCCAAAGAGAACACCAAAGAGGGCCUGACAGAGCUGUAUGAGUACAAGCAGAAAUACUCGGACGCUGACCUGGAGCCCUUCUUGAGGAACACCUCUCAGUUCUUCCAGAGCUACGUGGAGAGAGGCCUGCGUGUCAUUGAGUCUGAGAGAGAGGGCAAAGGCAGGAUCCAACCUUCUAGCACAGGGAUCCCCCAACAUGGCUUGGACUCCGGCUCGGCGCCUCUAAACGGAGAGGAGAUGAAACCUGCAGUGUACUACGAAAGACUGAAGAUACUCCGACAGAGGCAGGGACUGGAGAACAACCGGCAGGCUCAGCUGUUGCAGCAGGAGGAAGGAGACAGCGGACCGACACGUCCCAUCACGUCCCUGCUGUCCAAACCCUCCGUGGCUUCCUCCACAGACAUGCUCCAGAGCAAACUGUCUCAGCUCAAGGAGUCCCGCGAGUCCCACCUCCAACAGGAGCAGUCCCACAGCCCCACGCGGUCCUCGUCUCCCUCCGCCAACCUGGAUGACCUCAAGAAGAGGUUGGAGCGGAUAAAGAGCAAACGCCAAUAAAUUAUUCCGACUUGUGUAGCCCGUAACUCCACUUCUGUACCCCGUUUCCCCAGUGUGUUAGCCACCCUUUACCCAUCUUCCACCAGACACCAACACCCCGCUCUGGUCCUGGACAGCCCUGUCCCUCUCCUGUGUAUAAAUUAAAAACCUGUCAUUGUAUAAUAUACUGUAAGUGGACUACUUUUUGUUUAGUAUUGUGGCACAAUUGUCUGUAUAUACUCAAAUUUGCUAACCACCCGAUGCUUUUAAGUGUUAGGUUAGGGAUGUUGGUGCAUUUGAUAUAAAAAAGACUGAGACUUUGUGUACAGUUUGUGUAACUUUAAUCUAUCCUUUUUUAGAAGGUUUAGAGUUACUUGGUCAUACCAUAACAUGUCUCUUCCCCGGGGCGCUAUCGUGGUGGGUGAGAAUUUCAUUUCUGUUUGGUCACUUGAAGUAAACAAUUCUCUUCAUUGGGAAGCUUUGGGGAUAAAUAGAUUUGUAGUUUACUUCCUGAAUGGAAAUGGAAUUGACCUGCUUGCAUGCCCUGUCAGUUCAUACCACUGUUCGCUAAACAUGCUUUUUACAUCUGUGACACUCUUAAACUUGAAGGAUUUAACUUGUUCUUGGAGUAAAGGAAGAAGCAUGGCAUGAAGUAAUUGUUUUGUAAAUAACUUUAGCAUUACUAAAAUUCUGCUUAUUAAAUCAUUUGUUUACAGUGGCAGAAUGCUGCUGGUUCUGAUGCAUUGUUUUUUAUUUAAUAUUAAAGUAGUCUUAAAUUGUUGCUCUUAAGUUUUAAGUGUAUAAUCUAUAGUGAAAACUGCAAUAAAGUUGUUUUUUGACAAACUA